AUGUCAACGAAUGAAGCUUCUCAACAACCUGCCACAAGUGAUCAUAUCGUAUCUAGUCUACCCCAAGAAACACUUGACUUUGCCGGAAAGGUGUUCAACCUUGCGCGAAGUGGAGGAGACGAGCUACUCAGCGCGUAUCUGGACGCUGGACUUCCACCGAACCUUACGAACGAAAAAGGUAAUACACUUAUUAUGCUGGCUGCAUAUAAUGGUCAUGCAUCCACUGUGCGCGUACUUCACAUCAAGGGCGCGGAUCCCAACAGGCUUAACGAUCGAGGACAGUCGCCACUUGCUGGUGCCAUUUUCAAGAAUGAAGAAGAGGUGGUCCGUACUCUCGCUGAGUUAGGUGCAGAUCCGCGGGCAGGAACACCAAAUGCGAUCGAUACGGCUAAGAUUUUCAGGAAGUCGGAAUGGCUUGAUUUGCUAGGAGCAACGGAAGAAGAGAGGAAUGCGCCAGUGCCGGAUGCUUUCGGUCUCGGGCCUGGUUAA